AUGAAACAUGUGGCUUAUACUUCUAGAACUAAGAAGCGUAAAGGGCCUAAUCUCCAUGAGAAGACAUACCUUCCAAACUUUAACUCCGAUGAUGAUGCAUUUGACUUUAGCUUCUUAGAUUUUUCUGAAAAAACUUUCAAAGCCCCUACAAAACUAUGUGAUGGUCAUUUUAUUAACUUAUUGUUUGACGAAAACAUAUUAAGGAGGAGUAUUGAUGGAAUGGUAGAUGAUGGAGACAUUCCUGGUGUCCAACAAAAUGAUCAUGCACACUUAGAUGAGGACAAUGAAGAUGUUGGUGUGGUGUAUAAGGUGUAUGAUCCUAAUGUUGUCUGGAAAGAGAUGAGGCCCCAAUUAGGAGACUGUUAUGAACCACCUGCUCAUCUCAGGAAUUAUCAUUUUGGUUCCCUAGUUACUAGCAAUUGGUUAGCCAAACACUACCUGAAAGAUGUAAUCAUGAAGCCCAAGAUGACAAUGCUAGAGAUGCAAGCAGAUGUGCUACAAAGGUUUUCAGUAAAUAUAUCAGUUGGACAAUGCCAAAGAGAAAGGGCUACUUCAAUGGGGAUGAUAAAAGGGAAGUUAGAAGACCAUUAUGCCAAGGUUUCAGAAUCAGGUGAUCAAGAUGGUGGUCCUGCUGUUAGUACUAUUAAAAGGACUAAGAUUAUGGAAAGGAGAGGGGGGAAACUAAAGUGUCUGGAUCAAGGAACAAAACACCAAAGAAAACACCUAAUGCAACCUAUGAUUCAAGAAAAGGAGGAUGUUCAAGAGAAUGACAAUGAGGUGAAGGUGAAUGAAAUGGUUACUUUAAAGGAGUUGCUGCUGUCUGGAUAUACACAUGCUGAUGCAGUGGCUACUAUGAAAGAGGUUUAUGGAGAAUUUGAGGAAACAGAUGUUGAUGAAAAAGAUGUUCAGAAAAGAGAUGUUUAG